AUGCAAGGAAGGUCCGCCGUUGUACAUGUGCACUCUGGGGAUACUGGAAAGGGUGCAACAAGUGGUAUUAUAAACGCUCUUUCAGGCAUUAUAGGGCACAAGCGACUCGAGCAGUUUGCUUCAGAGGUCUCUGGACACCAAGGGCUUCUGAAUUUGCUUGAUGUACGUUGUGAAGAUCCCACUGCGUGGAGCGGUACUCGCGGUAUUCGUGGUGGAGUGUUGGCCGCCUCUGUGCAUGAGCGACGAGAGCGUUUUGGUGCCAACCGUUUAAUGCGUCAUCAGAAGAAAACUUUUAUGACUUUCGUCAGGGAAUCUGUUGAGGAUGACCGAACACUGCAACUUCUCAUUGGUUCGGCCGUUUUAUCCGUUGUGCUUGGAAUGACUACGUCCGACUAUCGUGAAGGAACAAUUGACCGAAGCACCGGUCUGGUAGAAGGUGCGGCGAUAUUUCUCUCUGUUUUCAUUGUAGUAACGCUGAGUGCAUUGAACAAUUACAAGAAACAGGAACAAUUUUCGCAUGUCAUUGAACGAGAGGAUCAGUCUCGACAACUUGUGCUUGUUUGGCGAUAUGAAUCUGCCUCAGGCGGGGAGUUGAUGCUUCGGUCGAUGGAGGUACACGUUGAGGACGUUGUUGUGGGUGAUGUUGUGCAAAUUUCUGCGGGAAUGGAACUGACUUUUGAUGCCAUAUUAUUUGAUAACCGUUACGUUGUGUGCGAUGAGUGUAGUGUGACGGGAGAGAGCGAGGAAAUCAUUAAGGAUCUCCAACGUGACCCAUUUUUGAUUAGUGGCUCCAGUAUUCUUGAUGGUUCUUCCGAGGCUGUCGCUGUUGUUUGCGCAGUAGGGGAGCAUAGUUUUGCGGGAGAGAUCGCCAUGGCAAUUCACGGCACCGAGAAGAAGAAUACACCCCUCCAGGAUCAGCUGGAGGCAUUGGCGGGGAGAAUUGGAAAGUACGGUUUGUUAGCAGCCAUUUUAACAUUUGCUGCACUUUUCCUAAAGGAGGCCUACCGGAUUUUGGUUCACGCCAGCCCUUUUUCCCCCAUGAAAUUCUUUGGAAACCUUACUACAGCCAUCGCCAUAGUUGUGGUUGCGGUGCCAGAGGGACUUCCUCUUUCAGUAGCCAUUUCACUUGCCUAUUCCAUGCGCCGGAUGUUACAAGACGGAAACCUGGUACGACACUUGGCGGCGUGUGAGACCAUGGGUGGAGCGACUGUGCUUUGCACCGACAAGACCGGUACAAUUACAUCGCCAGAUAUGAAACUUGUCCGUGUUUUUUUCGAAGGGCGGAGUUAUUUGAGAAAGGGAAAUGCCCCAAAUGGGACAGUUUCUAGAAAUGAGGCCUUUGUCAAACUCCCCUCUACACACUCUGCCUUACGUCUGAUGGAGUGUGUUGUUGCCAGCGCAUUGGAUCCGGAACUGGGGCGGGCGCGAAGCAGAACCGGAGAGGCUCUGAUGCAGCUAGGAUCCAAUCUAUGUGUCGUUGCAGACGAUGGACGUGUUACUCCCUUUUACUACGAUUUUGAACCCCUGUUGGCCAUCAUGCGUGAUAAUUCAUCAUUUGUUCGUUUUCCAUUUAGUUCGCUUCAAAAAAAGUGCACGACGGUUCUCAGGCUACCCAAUGGGGUCAGUCGUGUGUAUGUGAGCGGGGCUCCGGAGGUUUUACUGGAAGAAUGUCGAAAAGUUGUGGUGGAGAAUGGUCGGCUGGAACCGCUGGACAAGACGCGCCGCGUUUACUAUGAGGGUAUUUUGCGAGAAUAUGCACAAGCAGGCCUUCGUACCGUCUGCUGUGCCUACGGGGAUGUUGACUCCUUUGAGGGAGCUGGCAAGGCCUACGGCAUUCCGCCUGCUCCACCUAAUGUCCCGCUAAAUUUUUUGGUGCUUCUUGCAUUGGAAGAGGCAAUUCGUCCUGAGGUGCCGGGAUCUCUGGAAAUGUGUUUUCGUGCCGGGCUGCGUGUGAUUUUGAUCACAGGUGACGCGACGCUGACGGCCGUCAAUAUUGCGAGCCGUUGUGGGUUGCUAAGUCUGGUGCGCCCCCAUUACCGAAAUGCAUGUAGCGGUUCCUUUUCUUCUUUGCAGGACUUGGAUGCACUCAUUGUGGAGGGUUACGUGAUGGACGGGGCGGAAUUUCGAGCCCUCAAGGACGAAGAAUUAAUAGAGAAAUGUAUACAAAAACUUUGCGUAUUGGCCCGUGCCACCCCUUUGGAUAAGAAGCGCGUUCUGCGGCUUUUAAAGUGCCAUGACCCCCUUGCCGUGGUGGCCGUGACAGGCGACGGCACCAAUGAUGCCCCAGCCCUUAAAACGAGCGAUGUGGGAUUUGCGAUGAAUACUGGGAGUGAUGUGGCAAAGCGGGCCUCUGACAUUGUGCUGCUUGACAAUAAUUUUGCGGGCAUGGUGAAAGCAACCAUGUGGGGUCGCAAUGUGAAGGACAAUAUUCGGAAGUUCCUGCAGUUUCAGUUAACCGUGAACUGCGUGGCGUGUUUAGUUGCGUUUACUGGCAUUCUCAUCAACGAGAAAAAUAUGUCACCACUGAAGCCAGUACAAUUGCUAUGGCUUAACCUCAUAAUGGACACAUUAGCGGCAUUGGCGCUGGCGACGGAGUUACCUUGUGAGUCGGCACUCCUUUCGCGCCCUCCGGAGCCCCGUCAUGCAUCGGUCAUUUUACCUAGCAUGUGGUUUCAGAUGGCAACACAGGGCAGUUUUCAAUUUCUUUCUCAAAUUUACAUGCUUUCAUAUGGCUACCGACACUUUAAAACUCAAAAUGCAUCUGAGAUGGUGCGGAAUGAUUCCUCUACCAUGGAAUACUUUGGCCCAAAGCAUCUCUCUAUUGUGUUCAAUGUGUUUGUGCUCAUGCAAGUGAUGAAUUUUUUCAACGCUCGUCUGUUAAACCGAGACGAAAGUUUUUUUGGACGAUGGGGAGAUAGUUCAGCCCUGCUGCUGAUUGUAACCCUGAUUGUGGUCUUACAGGUAUUUAUUGUGCAGUACGGUGGACGCCUGAUGUCAACUGUUCCUUUAACUGCGAGUGAUUGGUUGUUUUGCGUCGUGUAUGCGAGCGGCAGUCUUUUGGUGAGUGCGAUAGCCCGUUGGUGGUGGUGGAACGUGCUUCAUAGUGACGGUGGCCUCGCUGCGCACUGGACACGAAGGUGCUUUGGGUUCCUGCACAGCCCUAUUAGCGAAAAACGUAUGUAG